ACGAGAUAAACAAAUUGGGGUCCUUCCUCGCGAUAGGCUAGCAAGUCGAAACGGUUUUCAGACUCACGUUGUUUUACAAAACUGUGGGAAAAAUUCCUUCAGUGUAAUCUGAGUAAAGUGUUUUUAGUAAUGUUGAUAAAAGAAACUGUUCUUCCGGUUUGGUCAUUAGUAGCCUAGCUAGCCCGGUUGUAUUUGUUUUUUUCUUUUUUACCGUCGAAGGGUGUGUUUUUUUUUCGGUCGCCGUCGUAACGGGGGCAACGUUAGCAUUAGCGAAGCAAACAAGCCACCUUUGAGACUUAUAUAACUUCACUUUUGGUAUUUAGUCAAAUAAAACACGAGGGGGGCGUUGAUGAGCAGCAAUGUCUGGUAUCGCUCUUAGCAGACUGUCCCAGGAGCGCAAAGCCUGGAGAAAAGACCACCCUUUUGGAUUUGUUGCUGUUCCCACUAAGAAUCCAGAUGGGACCAUGAACCUGAUGAAUUGGGAGUGUGCCAUCCCAGGGAAGAAAGGAACGUUGUGGGAAGGAGGACUGUAUAAACUCAGAAUGCUGUUCAAGGAUGACUACCCUUCAUCUCCACCCAAAUGCAAGUUUGAGCCACCGAUAUUCCACCCAAAUGUCUACCCAUCAGGCACUGUGUGUCUGUCCAUCCUGGAGGAGGACAAAGACUGGAGACCUGCUAUCACCAUCAAACAGAUUCUUCUGGGAAUCCAGGAGCUGCUGAAUGAGCCCAACAUUCAAGAUCCAGCACAAGCGGAAGCUUACACAAUUUACUGUCAGAACAGGAUGGACUACGAGAAGAGGGUAAGGGCGCAGGCCAAGAAGUUUGCCCCCACAUAGAGCGGAGAGGUGGCCUCGACCCGGCCUGAGCAGCCUGAACCGAGAGCUCACAAACAGGUGGCAGGCAGCACCUGAAGGACCACUCCAAUAAGAAUCCACUUUUAAGUAUUCUAAAUAUAUUCUAAAUAUAUUUUUUGAUACAGGC